AUGGUUUGGCCGACUUUGAAAAGCGUGUGGCAAGCACAAAGUAGCAGAACACAUCCGCCAGGAAAGACGGCGACACUAAAACUAAUGCAAAGCUUCAAAUCGUCAAAACGUAUUGGAACGAAUAAAGAGAAACCUCUGCGUGUCGAGGGAUCAAAUGAAAGAAAUAGAACAUGCCACCUAGACGUGCAGCUACCUCGUACACCCGACCCGGCUCCGGUCUCUCCGUGGGCCGUCUCGCCCGUCAUCGCUGGCCAAGGAGACAACGCGGCCGAGCCGCUUGUUGGUCCUGAAAUCCCGGAUGUACGGAAGGUGGUCAAGUCGUCCCGGCAGCACUUGCAGCUCCUCGAGACGACCUGCUCGAGUGGGGUCACGCUAGUGACAGACCUGGUCUCGAAGGUGAACUCCGCCGACGAGCUGUUGCGCCCGUUGUUGCAGGCAGAUGUCCUCGAGCUCGAAGAGGUCAACUCGGCCGACGAGCUUUUGCGCCCGUUGAUGCAGAACGAUGUGCUCGAGCUCGAAGAGGUUCGCCUU